AUGUCGCUCUCCAACGAGGCCCUCCAAAAGCUCGUCCACGAGAUCGAGACCCAGGCCGUCCAGGCGCAGCAGCAAAUCACCAUUGCCCGCUCCCAGGUCGCCGGCAAGCAGCGCGAGAUGCGCCUGGCUCAGCUCACCCUCAAGGAGAUGGAGUCGCUGCCGGCAUCGACGGCCGUCUACGAGGGCGUCGGCAAGAUGUUUGUGGCGGAGCCCGUGGCGUCGCUCAACGACAAGCUCGGCAAGCAGAUCAAGACGCUCGAGACGGAUGUGGAGGGCCUGGGCAAGCGGCUGCACUACCUGGAGACGACGGCCAAGAACAGCCAGGACCACAUUGCGCAGAUUCUGCGGCGGGGCGGAGAGUCGGCAUAG